CUACUCUCUCCUCCCGUCCCAUUUCCCAUCCCCCUUUCUUACUCUCUUUUCGUGCUCAUUCACCUUUGGCCUCCUCCCUCCCUUACAAACGUUCCAACUCCACAAACCACAUUUCUUUCUCCGGUCAGAAAGAUUGGCGUCGUAGCACCCCAUCAGAUGGCACCCGUUUCCCGACUUUCUCCCCUCUAAUUAGCAGAGCAGUUCUUGAUAAUAGCCGCUUUGGAUACUUUGGGCAGCCGGGCAAAUCUUCCGGCCAUGAAGAGUAUCAUGGCAAAUAUUAACAAAAGAGAAUUUGAUGUUCUUGAUCUAUCCGGGCAAAAAUACCUGGAAUGGAAAGUUGAUGCUUUAGCACAUUUGAAGGCUAAUGGUCUCGAAGACACUAUUGAGGCUAUUAAUCAAUCAUCUUCCCAAGAUAAAGCGAAAGCCAUAAUUUUUCUCCGUCACCAUCUCCAUGAAAGUCUCAAAUCUGAAUAUCUUUUGGUUGAUGACCCAAAAGAAUUAUGGGACAAUUUACAAGAAAGGUAUGACCACCAACAAAAGGUACUUUUACCAAAAGCUCAGUAUGACUGGAUCAAUUUAAGAUUCCAGGACUUUAAAUCUAUCAGUGACUAUAAUUCUGCUAUGUUCCAAAUAACAUCCAAAUUAAAGUUAUGUGGACAAAAAGUCACUGACGCUGAUAUGUUGGAGAAAACCUUUUCUACUAUGCAUAUCUCUAAUAUGCUGCUACAACAGCAAUAUAGAGAAAAGGGUUUUAAAAAAUACUCUGACUUAAUAUCAGUAUUAUUGGUAGCUGAGCAAAACAAUGACCUUUUGAUGAAAAACCACAAUUUGAGACCCACCGGUUCUAGUCCUUCGAUUUAUGGUCCAUCUGGCCAUAAUUUAGCCACUGAAUCAAAUGCAACACACAGUGGCAGUAGAAGGCAUUUUAAACGUGGGCAUUUUAGUGGUCAUAAUAACAAGUCUUACAGAGGAUAUAAACGGGUCGAAAGAUCGAAUUACAAGGGCAAGGGCAAACAAAAGGCUCAUCAAAUAAAUCGCCCUACAAAAACCUCGGUAAAGACGACUUGUUAUAAAUGUGGCAUGACGGGGCAUUGGGCUAAUAAAUGUCGCACGGCUAAACAUCUGGUGGAGUUAUUUCAAUCUUCCAUGAAUUUGAACAAAGGCAAUAAUAUGGAAGCUAAUUAUGUGAAUGAUACAACUCCGCCAAUGCCAAAAUUUGACGUGUCCGACUUUUUCGCGGAUAAUGCCAUUAUGGACGAUGCUUUUACAAUAAACCAAAAUGUCACAAAAUAAAAGACUCCGAUCCUUAUGUUGUAACAUAUUAGUUUUAUGUACUUUUUCUUUCUUCCCCUUUUUCUUUUGUUUUUUAAAUAAAUGUGUGUAAUAUAUGUACUUUAUGUUAAAUUAUAUGCACAAUUUGUGAUCAAGCUUAUGUUUAUUUACACAUAUUGAAGAUAUGGAUCACUCAAAUGAUAAAGAGCUAUGUCUAAU